AUGUUCAACUUCAACCUCUUCAAGUCCGCCCCCGCUGAGUCCCAGUCUCAGUCCCAGGAGGGCGCCUGGAACCCCAACACCGUUGCUAUGCAGCAGCCUUCCAGCCCCGCGGCUCCUUCCGCGGACGGAAACGUUGUCUCCCAACAGCCUACUGGCCAGGAGGAGAUGUCGAUGCAGCUCCGUGGUGGUGGUGGCGGUGGUCUCUGCUGUGGCAUGUGA